CUCCCUCAGCCCGCAGAAAACAGUGAAACCCUCCCAUAGAGGUGAGAGCGCGGAUGUCAUGAGAAAAGCGACCGCACGACCAGAGCGCAACGACCGACGCACCGAGCAACCUCAGCCCGCCUCCCCGCGCCCCGGUCUGGGAUGCUUUUAGCGCAGAGACGCCUCCACUCAGGGCAGCCAGUGGACGUCGACGCCAACCGUCUCCACUCUUUUCGUUGUUAUUAUCUUUAACCGAGGACAACCCCCCCCCCCCCUGCAAACUCCUCCCCAAUUUUUAAGUGUUUAUGUUUGUUUCUUCAUGACUGCUGCUUUGGGAAGCGAGCCUCAGCACCAAGCUCCAGCGACGCCAACACCAUGCGAGCCCAAAUCGAAGUUAUACCGUGCAAAAUCUGCGGAGACAAAUCAUCAGGUAUCCACUACGGAGUCAUUACAUGUGAGGGAUGUAAGGGUUUCUUCAGACGGAGUCAGCAGAACAAUGCAGCCUACUCCUGCCCCCGCCAGAGGAACUGCCUCAUCGACAGAACAAACCGCAACCGCUGCCAACACUGCCGCCUGCAGAAAUGUCUCGCCCUAGGAAUGUCCAGAGAUGCGGUUAAGUUUGGCCGCAUGUCCAAGAAGCAACGUGACAGCCUGUACGCGGAGGUCCAGAAGCACCAGGCACGGCUGCAGGAGCAGCGGCAGCAGCAGACAGGCGAAGCAGAAGCUCUGGCACGUGUUUACUCAUCCAGCCUAACCAAUGGACUGUCCACCCUUAACCAUGAGAUUGGGGGCACCUACGCAAAUGGUCAUGUCAUUGAGCUGCCCAAAGGUGGCCAUGGUAAUGGAGGCGGAGUCCCUGGGGGCUACUAUGGGAUGGAUUCCACCCAGCCAUCUCCCGACCAGUCAGGUUUGGACAUGUCGGGCAUGAAGCACAUUAAGCAGGAGCCAGUGUACGACCUGACGCCAGUGCCCAACCUGUUCAGCUAUGGAGGCUACCAGGACAGUCAGCUGGGACCCAAUAAUGUCAGCAUGGGAGAGCUGGACCGUAUUGCUCAGAAUAUAAUCAAGUCCCACUUGGAGACAUGUCAGUACACAACAGAGGAGCUGCAGCAGCUAGCCUGGCAGACGCACUCCUACGAAGAGGUCAAGAUGUACCAGAGCAAGCCACGGGACGUGCUGUGGCAGCAGUGUGCCAUCCAGAUCACCCAUGCAAUCCAGUACGUGGUGGAGUUUGCCAAGCGCAUCUCAGGGUUCAUGGAACUGUGCCAGAAUGACCAGAUCCUCCUGCUCAAGUCUGGUUGUUUGGAGGUAGUCUUGGUGCGGAUGUGCAGGGCGUUCAACCCUCUCAACAACACUGUGCUCUUUGAAGGGAAGUACGGAGGCAUGCAGAUGUUCAAAGCUCUAGGUUGUGAUGAAUUGGUGAGUGCAGUGUUUGACUUUGCCAAGAGUUUGUGUUCACUGCAGCUGACAGAGGAGGAGAUCGCUCUAUUCUCAGCAGCUGUACUAAUUUCCACAGAUCGGCCAUGGCUGAUGGAGCCCCGGAAAGUCCAGAAGCUCCAGGAGAAGAUCUACUUUGCUCUGCAGCACAUUAUGCAGAAGAACCACAUGGACGAAGAUGCACUGGCUAAGCUGAUCAGCCGAAUCCCAACGUUGUCAGCCCUGUGCACUCUCCACACCGAGGAGCUCCAGGCUUUCCAGCAGCUCCACCCAGAAACAGUCAACGUCCUCUUCCCUCCGCUUUACAAAGAACUCUUCAAUCCCGACCCCAACUCCGCCAUGGCCAUGCCCAAGUGACUGCCUGUGGUGCAAACGCAACAAAUGGUGCCAGCGCAGGACCAAGAAAAUGAGACCACAGCCACGUCUGAUGAGACAGCAGUGUCAGCUAUGUCGUCACCGUGGCAACCACAUAUUCCUGAGCUCCGCCAACCUCAAUUCAGGCUGGGGGCUGAGGAGUCAUCUGCCAGAGACUUACAGUUACCGCCAACAAUACUAGGAAUGUCCAGCACUUAUCCCAUCCUCUUCACCGAUACAGUCUGAAGAAUGUAUAUAUACAUGAAACGCGCCCCAAGCCACAACCUGAGUGGGGCUUCCUCCUGUCUCCUGAACUGAACUAACUGACCAGAAAUGUACAGACUUGAAAAAAAUCUUGGAACAAUAUUAAGCUGUCAAUCUUUAAGAAAAAAAAAAUGGGUAAGUUAAUUUGUUUUGACUUUGAAAAAAAAAUGAUUCUGUUUGUUUGAUUUAUUUUCACAUGACGACAUUGUGAAGUUGAAGAAGCUGGAUGGGGGAGGGAACUGUGGAUAUAGAGAAGCUAUUGUAGAUAUUCUUCUAGUACAGAGCGGAUUCCAGUAUUACUUCUUGUUCUGUUAAGUUAGUCCUAAUUUAAAUAUACAGCAGCCCACUGUGGCUGACUAUACCUUGUCUGUGUUUUAUUUUAUUUGAUAGAUUCUUGUGUACAGAAUUUGUAAAGUUGAGACUUGUAAAAGAAUAUUGGUAAAAAACUGGGAGCCUAUUUGGGUUUGUUGAUAUACAGAAGCCUUGUCUGGAUUUUGUUCAUAUGUAAAGAAGGUACUGCAUCCUUCUGACAAGAACUUAUAGAAAUGUAAAGAGAGCAUAUGAAGGAUUUAAAAAAGAAAAUAAUGGCUACUACUUUUCAAGGUGAAGAUAUAUACGUAAAUAUUCUAUUUUGCAAGAAAAAGAAUCUGGCAUUUGCCGUCCUAUGAAUCUUUUUUUUCUCGCUGCAAUAAUUAUGUCCAAUAAAAAAUGGACUGCUUUCGAACAAUCAACCAGAAACAACCAAUCAGAAAGGACCUCACAAUGAAUCCCACCUCUUCCCAAGGUCCCCUCACCCUGCCCCUUUUUUCUUAUGUAUUUGGGGCUAGACAUGAUGUUUCAGCAGAUACAAGUGAACAGCAACUUCGUCAACAAAGAAAGAUAAAAUCAAGAAAUUAACUCACAACUUUCCAAUCUUCAAAGUGUGUAUGAGCGCUGUGUGCCCUCAUCCCUCCUAUUACUAUUUGCACAAUCCAGUCCAUGGAUGUCAAUCACUCCGGGCUGUAAAUAUGAAGGACCCUUUUCUCUUUCUAAAGAGCAAUAACUUUCACUCUGCCUUUCUGAUCUUACUCCUUUUCUUUCCUCCUCUUCCUAUUUUCAGCUUGUCAGAGCAGGGUAGACCUUUUUAACUAGAAUGCACUAUGUUUGACUCAUUCUUCAUCAUUCAGUAUGUCAAUCAUCUCCAUUGAUGGUAUUCAUUCCACCACAGGCUCUGAAGUUAUUCAUGUGACACAAUAUGAUCUGGGGUUAGGACACAAGGCAAGAGCACUGACUAAAAGACAUGUCGAUUAGCCUCCAAUGAUCUUAAAUUACAUUUAAAGCUGCAAUAUUGCAUUAACGACUUGUACAGGAAAAGCUGUGAUAGACAAUCACUUUUUGCUUUGUUGCAAAUUUCACAACUAUCGGCACUUACAGUCAUUUUUGCUGCUUCUUCUACAUUAAAGUUAUCUUAAUUGGUAUUUGGCCACUGUGUAUAUUAACACUGCUUUUAUUUGAUAAAUUAAACAAUAUGAUCAUGCCGUUGUGAUCGUCUGGCAGUUAUCACUAUCUUUUAUGGUGAAGGAACCAUUUGAAGAAUCAAAUUUUAUGGGUUUGUGCAGUUCUGUAUUUAGCCACUAGAUGCUCUGUAUGCAUUGUGUUUGUGAAGAUGUCUGUCAUGAGCUCUGACAACUAAGAAGCUUCCUUUAAAAAUUAGCCAUUCGCCAAAGGUGACACAAUACACAUUACACAAUAGCAAGCAAUUUAUUCUGCUGCUGGUAAAUUUUACUGUUUGUUAUUUAAAUACUUAAAUUGACUGUCAGCACUUGUAUUUUACCUCAGCUUUGAUUACAUUGAUUAUAUUAAUAGGCUCUGAUCGAGUGCUAUUUAUGCACUGAAAGUGUAGAUCCCUGUUUGGUUUUCUGAUGUUUGCAAAUGUUUAUUGCACAGUGGCCAAGACUCCAAAUUGUUCUAUGUACAGCCACACCAGUUAUGAAUUAAUUAAAAACACUUGAGUUGAACCGCUGACAUUAUAUCCACUCCUUUUCUCCAUGUGGUGAGCAAAAAGCUGUUGACAGCAUUGAAAACAAGCAUCAAUGUUAAACAUUAGUGUUCUGCUCACAACCCCCCUGACACCGACCCCAGAUCAGAGGCCAGUGACUCUUUUAAGACAAUCACUUGCUCAUUAAGGCUCGAUGCACUACACAGCAUCUCUCAGGGAGCAGCUCUUUUUCUGACUUUGCAUUAAAAGAGGAUUUAAUAUUUUUGCAAAUUGAAAGAAAGAAUUAAUUAUACAAGAAUAACUUUUUAGGAUAAAAUGGCAUACUGUGUGCCGCCAACGUAUGCCUGCAAUGGAAUCUGCCCAGACAAGGCUUUGAUAAGUGUGUGUCUGUGUGUAUGUGUGUAUAGAGCAUGAAUUCACUGUCCAAAUCUCUGUAGAGCCCAGACUACAUGACAAGCAUUGAUACGUAGCACAAGAAAAACAAAAUAAAAAAAUUAAUAUUUAUAUAGCCUAUAUAUACACUGUAUGCCAGUGUGCUCUUGUCACAACCGUACACUCAUGUUUACUGCUUAUUUUGCUGCUUUUGGGACAAUGAGGGAAGUCCACUAGUAAGCUGUGAAUCAAGCACCAUCACAACCCUGGGACAGUGAAUUCCAACUCUGAAUAUGAAGUUUUUGUGUAUGAUGUUUUUAUUUUCCCUUGUUAGACUGUGAAUCAGAGGGGUGGGACUGGGUUGUGAGAGGGGAUGUGCUGGCAACGCAACACUGUAAGUAAGAUACUGUAGCAAUAAGAACUGGAGGCAUUUACUACUGUCAUGUUUGCAUUGUAAGAUUAUUUUUUAUUUUAUUACUAUUUACUAUUAUUAUUGUUCUAAUUACGAUUACUAUUCUUCUAUUACUAUUAGCCUAUUGUUGUUCUGUUCUAUUUGCAUGACGUUUCAUUGCAAUGAGACCUUUGGGGCUUAUUUGUGUUUUCUCUUCUCAUGAUAUUGUGGGUUUCGUGGGAGGGGUUAUUGGCAGGGUGGGCGAUGGGUUUCAGGGCAAAUUCUACCACAGUUCAAUCAGUUCAAAGUGAUUUUUUUUUUCAUAAGCCGAAAUCAUUUUUAAAUAAAAUGCUCUUAUUUAUGCACAACCAAUUUAAAAAUGUGUUCUUGGAUUUGAAAUGAUUUUUUUUUUCAACCUUUGAAUGUGUGAGUUGGUUUAACCAGUAAGUGAACAGCCCUUUUUUGAACUGGCCUUAUUAAACCGGAUCAGAGACCCUUAACCUGCAGCGGGAGGGGACAAUGUGGGGAGGGUAAUCUAUUCUGAAUGUUAUUGAGUAGCCUGUUCAGUGUGAGGGGCUGAACGCAUCAUGCGCCUUUUACCACUCGAUCGACACAGACUGACAUCGUCAUUUCAUGUGAUGACUUGGACAAAUUUGCGCAGAAAUUUUUAAUACACCUGGUUUGAAAUACAUUUCCUACACCUAGUCAAAUACACUCCACAACAGACCUCCUACUCCCUUUCCUGAGAAAACCUGUGUGAACGUGUGCGUGAGAGACAAAGAAACAGAGAGAGUGAGAUGAUGUUUGCUCUACCAAUGCUUUGUAAACUUUGUUGAUGCAUUACACAUGCGUGCAAUUGGAGUAGUGUUGAACAUUGUUAAUUUAUUGUUUAGAAUGUCUUUGCAUCCCAGCAAGAGCAAAUAAAACAAAAUGUAGCAAUCUGUAACCGAAACCUAAAAGGUACUUGGGCUACAGAACCUCUUUUCCACAGGACUAACAAAACAAAAAAAAACCGCAAAAAAUUACUUUUCCUUUUUGUUUUCAAAGUGCCAUAGCUAGUGAGGAGACGAGGGAUUGGCAGACUUGGGCGUAGAUGCUUUAACGUGCGAGUUUACUUGAGAAACCAAUCAAAAAAAGGGGAACUCCAUGGAAAAAGGUGUAUUUGAUUACACUGACCAACUGUUUUUACAUUUUAUGCUUUUUUCAUUUGGUGAGAGGGGACUCUGCUUGACUCUGAACUCUGACUCUGCUAUAACUCCAUGAGCUCUACUGUAGAGUUUUCAUUUUCACAUGAGAAUGAAAGAACUAAUCAGAAAAUAUGAUGGAUCUGACUGGGCUGUCAGAGGUUCAGGGCUAUGCAGGGCCCUUUGUGAGUCCUCCUUUGAGAUGUAUAUACAAUGUGAAGGUCUGAAGUGAUUUUUGUUAAAUUCUAUAUUUUAUCGCUUUUGUAGACAUUUUGUUGUGGGAAGAAAAAAAUAAAAGAAAUUUUAUGGGUG